ACCGCCUCCUCCUUCCCAGAACUGUAGCUAGGCAACUGUAGGCCCUUAGGGAGAGCAGAAGCCAGAAGGCUGUGUUAGUGCCUCUGGUGGCAAACAGCGAGCGCUGCAAUCCGGUUUCACCGUUUUUACCUUCCUCUCUCCACCCCCUUUGCCCCCGCCCACCCCUCUGUGAUUUCGACUCCUCCCUCCUCUUCUCUCUCUAGCUCUCCUUCCUCCUCCGCCUCUUCAGCUCCUGGGCUAGAAUAUCUAUGGGUCGAAACGUGAUGCGAUGAAUCCGAGGGAGACCGAAACUGGGACGAGGAGUGUGGCGGAAGCAGCAGGACUUCCAGACAUGGGGGCUUCACUACAAUAGAAGCAGCGCCCCCGUCAGCCCUCCAGAGCAAAACCCCAAACCCCCUUGGGAAAAGGAUGGCGGCGGCACCUACCCAGAUAGAAGCCGAGCUGUAUUACCUGAUCGCUAGGUUCUUGCAGUCUGGACCCUGCAACAAAUCCGCUCAGGUGCUAGUGCAGGAGCUCGAGGAGCAUCAGCUGAUUCCGCGCCGCCUGGACUGGGAGGGGAAAGAGCACCGAAGAAGCUUUGAGGAUCUGGUAGCAGCCAAUGCACACAUUCCUCCAGACUACCUCCUUAAAAUUUGUGAGAGAAUUGGUCCUUUGCUAGAUAAGGAGAUCCCUCAGAGUGUUCCUGGGGUACAGACCUUACUAGGUGUUGGUCGGCAGUCUCUGUUACGAGAUGCCAAAGAUGAGGAUAUUGAUAGUGAUAAGUAUGAUGCAAGAAGCCUACUUUGUGAACAAUAG